UGUCAUUAAUCUGUCAAACGUCGAUUUAUCUAAAAAUGAUUAUAAACAUAAAAAUGUGUUAAAAAAGCGAUUUCUGUUGUAAAAACGUGGCCUCGUAGCGCGAUUCACGUAAAAAAGUCCGUUUAGCAAAUUACCUUAUAUCGUACUGUAUGAGGUAAGCAAAUGUUGAGUUUUGUUAAGAGCGGUCCUGACUACAAGAGCAAUAUUGUAGAAAUGGCCCAUUCCGGUGUCGUACCAGCGGGUAAACGAAAAGAAAUUUACAAAUACAUCGCGCCAUGGCCAUUGUUCAGUAUGAACUGGUCGGUACGUCCCGACAAACGUUUCCGUCUAGCUCUCGGUAGUUUCGUUGAAGAAUACAACAACAAAGUACAAAUCGUAUCUUUAGACGAGGACAGUAGUGAGUUCUCGCCUAAAAGUACAUUUGACCAUCCAUACCCAACAACAAAAAUCAUGUGGAUACCCGAUAGUAAGGGUGUCUACCCUGAUUUGUUGGCAACCAGUGGGGACUAUUUACGAGUGUGGCGAGCUGGUGAACCUGACACUCGUCUGGAGUGCGUCUUAAACAACAACAAAAACUCAGACUUUUGUGCUCCCUUGACAAGCUUUGACUGGAAUGAAGUGGACCCCAACCUUGUUGGAACGUCAUCAAUAGACACCACUUGCACAAUUUGGGGCCUAGAGACCGGACAAAUCAUCGGCCGCGUCAAUCUAGUAUCAGGACACGUGAAAACUCAAUUAAUCGCCCAUGACAAGGAAGUUUACGACAUUGCAUUCUCGCGAGCUGGGGGUGGCAGGGACAUGUUUGCCUCUGUCGGUGCUGACGGCUCUGUUAGAAUGUUCGAUUUGAGGCACUUGGAACACUCAACCAUCAUCUAUGAAGAUCCAGCACACACGCCGUUGUUGAGGUUGGCUUGGAACAAGCAGGAUCCCAACUAUUUGGCUACUAUUGCAAUGGACGCUUGCGAAGUUAUAAUUUUGGAUGUGAGAGUCCCCUGCACACCUGUAGCAAGGUUGAAUAAUCACAGAGCUUGUGUUAAUGGAAUUGCAUGGGCUCCACAUUCAAGUUGUCACAUUUGUACAGCGGGAGAUGACCACCAGGCACUCAUUUGGGAUAUACAACAAAUGCCAAGGGCUAUUGAAGACCCAAUUUUGGCAUACACAGCCGCAGAGGGUGAAGUCAAUCAAAUACAGUGGGGAGCGACGCAGCCCGAUUGGAUAGCCAUUUGUUACAAUAAGUGUUUAGAAAUAUUAAGAGUUUAAUUUACAACAAUUUACAGACUCCCUAUUGAUAAGUACCAAAUAGUGUGUAAAUCAUAUUUUACAUUA